UCUAUUUAUAGCCACCACAUGGCUUCUGAGCAGAGAGCUGCACAGUUUACUUCCUACUUUGGUCUCAACUUUAACACUUCAGGAAGUGAGAAAAUAUGCAAUUCCUCUCCAGCAGGCUGAUAAAGGUCUUAUCACACAUUCUCUGAAACAGAGGCAGAACUUUGACCUGCUGAGAAGGAAAACCUCCCUCACUCAGGCGUGCUGUGUUUCCCAGGUGUUAGAUUCUUCUCACGACCUCCUCCUCUUUGUCAAACAGGACCAAUGAGCAAAGAGACAAAGUUAUUGCGUGCUCUGCAACUUUAACGGACAGGGUGAGAAGAGCUGGACUGAAAGGUUUGUCACCAUGAACCGGGCCUGGGCUGCGUUCAAAGCUCACCCAUACAUCAGUAACGUCCUGGGAUAUACAACACUAUUUGCCUCUGCUGACAUCAUACAGCAGAGUGUGCUGGGAGGCAAACAUGAGGCAGAAACCACAGCACAGAAGUCAACAAAAAUCAACUGGUCUCAGACGGCCCGAGUGGCGACUGUCGGCUUCUGUUUCCAUGCUAACUUCAACUACCACUGGCUCAGAGGGCUGGAGAGGAUGCUGCCAGGAGGAGGAGUAAAAGCAGUGAUGGGGAAAGUUGUGGUGGAUCAGCUGAUUGCAGCUCCUCUCACCAUCAGUGCCUUUUAUAUUGGUUUGAGUUUACUCGAAAAAAAAGAUGACCCACUUGAAGACUGGAGACAGAAAUUUUGGACUUCUUACAAGGCUGGAGUGGUGUUUUGGUCAACAAUGCAGGCUGUGAACUUUGCCCUGGUCCCACCUGUGGCUCGGACAACAUUUCUUGGAGGCAUUGCUCUGGCUUUCACCAUCUUCCUGUGUCACCUCAGACAGCAGCCUGACCAUAAGCUCAAAUAAACCACAGAUCCACAGUGA